AAGCUAGGGUUCCAGGGCUUGCCAUCUUAGCGCCCAGCCGCUCAGUUUCUCAUGGCGGCAGUUGCGCAGCAAACAGACACUGCUGCGUGCGGAAGCUCCCAUCUAUCACUCGAUGAGGUGAGUGCCUGUGACAGGCAAUUGCCGGGCUGCGCUUUGUCCUCGCUGGAGAGCCUGAUUCUGGUGGCUGACCAAUUUCACAGGAGAGGCUCGAUCGAGUCGAAGGAAUGCUUGGCAGCUGCGAGAGUCGACCGGAAGCCAAGGUUGAAGACUGGCUUGAAACCAAGCCCAAAAGGGGAUGCUUCCAUUCCUUCACACAGGGCCAAGAGGAGUGAAAGGCGGCGGGACGAAUCAUUUGAGGAUGUUCCAAGAUCCGGUCUACUCAGCACAGUAGUGCCCGACACUAGCCGUGCGAGCCAGCGCAUGGCAACACCAGGUCUUUUUGAAGGAGGAGGAGCAGGCAUGCUGAUCCGGCAGUCCCUCCGGGCCAAGGGCAAUUCCAUCCUUUUGAAGUUGCCCGACCCAGAGGCUCGUGACACAAAUGGAAAUGCUGCGGAGCUUGUUCAAAACGUAGCGCCCACCCUGCUGCAGCGUCCGGCAGUCGAGGUCCAAUCGGGACCUUCGCCCGUGGCGCAGCGGGAGAGGAACGAGGAUACGUUGGAGGCUGACCUGGUUGGAGCAGACCUGGCAGCCCUACUUUGAGGCGACGAGCCGGCAAGAUGAAAGCCCUUGCUGCAGAAGUGCAAAUAUGGCUACCAGUAGAUCGAAGCCGGUUGGCGGAAGUUCGAGGUGGACAGCGCAGUCGCAAGAUGCGAUGAGAGCAGUCCCCGUUGGGUAGACGUUGGGUAAAGCUUAGCGCACCGUGCAACGUUGAAAGGCUCCAAGCUGUGAC